AUGUUCCGCCGUCGGCAAUUUCACACAAAGCCAACUGCAUCGGAUUCUCUUGUUGGAGGGGCGAAAACGCUUCGCGACACAAAAGAGGAGGAGAACGAAGAAAAGGAAGGUAGAGAUCGCGCUGUCGGGUUCCAAUUCAAGGAAGUUGGAACACUCGCCAAUCGAGCGAAAAACCCCGUCGUGUUUCUGGACGUAUCGAUCGGCGGCGUACCUGCGAGGCUGACCUUCGAGCUGCGGAAGGACAUCGUACCUCGCACGGCCGAGAACUUCAGAUCGAUAUGCGCGGGCGAUCGGGCCGACACGCAAGACGGCACUCGGCUCAGCUAUCAAGGAUGCGUGUUUCACCGGGUCAUCAAGGAUUUCGCUGUCAUAGGCGGAGACAUUGCCUCGGACACGACUGAUAAGCAAAAAACGUUUGCUCUCUCCAAGCCAACAAAGGAAUCGACAGCCGAGCGUUGGCGCAGUUCAAAGAGGCACGACGGCACAGGGAGAGCGUCCAUCUACGGCGGACAUUUCGCAGACGAAAAUUUCGUGCUCAGGCACACGGGGCCCGGAGUGCUGACCUGCUGCAACGCUGGCCCAGACACUAACUCCUCCGCCUUCAUGAUCACGACGGUCGAGGCUCCAUGGUUGAACGGUCGAAGCGUUGCUUUUGGUUGCCUCGCCAAUGCCGAAUCUUUCGACGCCCUGGAAAAGUUGGAAGCCUGCGGAGUUGAAGGUGGACGCCCCUCUGUCUACAUUCAGGCAAGCUACACAAAGUUGCCAGCGGUUGGUGCCGAUGAUUUGGCCUUGUUGCCGUGCUACCACCAUGCUUGCCACCUCCUCACUGUCCAUCCUUCCGGAAUAUUGCGAACGCAAAAUGCAGUUGAUGCGACGAAGGCAGCAACGAAACGCCUACAGUUUUAG